AUAUCAUAUUUAAAACUGAAAUAGAAAAUAACACAGCCUGAGCCAGUUGGAAACCUAGAUUUUCAACAAUUAACUCUCCAUUCACUUCCAAUAUUGAAGGAUAAGGGGAAAAGUCGUUGCUUUAUUUCAUCUGGGUAUUUAGUGAUUGUCUUUAAAGGGAUUUUUAGUGAUAUUUGAAAAAGAUGAGUGGUGCUCCAAAGAGAUCUCAUGAAGAAGGUGGUGGUCAGCCUUCUUCUGCUUCUAAAUACCCUCAUGAGGAAACUGCUGCUUAUCCUAAAAUGCCUUCGUCUUCUGUUCCCCCCGAGUCCCAUCAUCCUAGCCCUUAUGACAUGGGGCAAGAUGCUAGAAUGCCUAGAAUUCCUAGAACCGAGCUUCGCGAUUCCGGUAGAAGGUCACCUCUACAGCAUGCCAUGUAUAGAAUGCCUUCGUCUGUUGCUUUGAAUGAUUCACACAUGGAUUCUCACCAGGGUUGUUACGAUAGUAGGAUGGAGGUGCGGGAUGCCAAGGAAAACCGAGAGGUUAGGGUCGAGAGUCGAGAACAAAGGGUGGAACCGAGGGAGUUUUUUGCUGAUUCUGUAAAGAGGGAGUAUCCAUCUGGGAAAGGUGAAAGGGAUGUUAGGUUUGAGAGUAGGGGGGACGGGAGUAAAGAAUUGAAACAUGAUAGAGAAAAUUAUAGUGGUCUGAAGGGUGAUUUGAAGGUGGAAAAGGAUCUUUAUGGUGGGGCAAGCAUUAAUGCAAAUUGGAAGGAUUCAAGGGAUUACACUAGAGGAAGAAAAUAUUCAGAACCACCAGGUGGAAACAUAGAUCAAUGGCACAUCCAACGUGCUAAUUCACAAGGAAAUAUUGAAAUUGUAAAGGAAGGUUCUGCUACUGAAGAAAGAGAAAAUGCAGAAGGUCAUGAGGCUGUUGGUGAGAACAAGUUUGAUUCAAAAGGUGACGAUAGAUUUAAGGACAAGGAUAGAAAAAGAAAAGAUGGAAAACACCGGGAUUGGGGAGAUAGAGAUAAAGAAAGAAGUGAUCGUAGGAACAUCAUGCAUUUAGGUAAUAGCAGCGGUGAGGUCAAAGAAUCUGCAAGGGAGGAUAGAGAAGCAGAGAGAUGGGAAAGAGAAAGGAAGGAUUUGAAGGAAAAAGAAAGGUCAAAAGAGAGAGAAAAGGACCACAUUAAGAGAGAACCACUGAAUGGAGCAGCAGAUAAAGAAGGAUCAAGCAAUGACAAGGAUUUGGGAGAUGGAUCUGUCAGAACACAAGAGCAAGAAAAUCAGGUAUCUGAGCAGAAAAAACAAAAAGAAUUGGAGAGCUGGAAAAUUGUUGAUAGAGAAUCUAGAGAUAGGAGAAGAGAAAGGGAUGGUGAAACAGAAGGAGACAGACCUGAGAAGCGCAGCAGGUGCUCUGACAAAGAGUCCGAUGAUGGGUGUGCAGAUGGUGAAGGGGCUACUGAAAGGGAAAAAGAAGGUUUUGGUUCUGGAGUCCAGCAGCGUAAAAGGAUGCUUCGUCCAAGAGGAAGCCCUCAGGUGGCAAACCGCGAUCCUUGUUUAAGGUCUCGACCUCAAGACAAUGAAGGAUCUCAAGGUAAACCUGAAGUGUCUUCUGUCGUUUAUAAAGUUGGUGAAUGCAUGCAAGAGAUACUUAAGUUGUGGAAAGAAUAUAAAGCCUCUCAAGCUGAUAAAAAUGGUGAAAGCCCUCUAAAUGGACCUACCCUUGAAAUUCGAAUACCUUCUGAGCAUGUUACUGCUACAAAUCGUCAGGUCAGAGGUGGCCAGCUUUGGGGGACUGAUAUAUACACAGAUGACUCUGAUCUUGUUGCUGUUCUUAUGCAUACUGGUUACUGCCGUCCAACUGCUUCUCCACCUCCACCAGCUAUCCAAGAGCUACGUGCUACUAUACGUGUGCUACCCCCACAAGAUUGCUACAAUUCUAAACUAAGGAACAAUGUUCGUUCCCGUGCUUGGGGAGCUGGAAUCAGUUGUAGUUACUGUGUUGAGCGAUGCUGCAUUGUUAAGAAAGGAGGCGGAACCAUUGAUUUGGAGCCAUGCCUCACGCAUUCAUCAACAGUGGAGCCCACCCUUGCUCCAGUUGCUGUAGAACGGACAAUUACUACUAGGGCAGCAGCUUCAAAUGCUUUACGACAGCAAAGAUAUGUGCGAGAAGUUACAAUACAGUACAAUCUCUGCAAUGAGCCUUGGAUUAAGUAUAGUAUAAGUAUAGUUGCGGACAAAGGUCUGAAGAAACCCCUUUAUACGUCCGCCCGUUUGAAGAAAGGUGAAGUUCUGUACUUGGAGACACAUUCCAGCAGGUAUGAGCUAUGUUUUACCGGUGAGAAAAUGGUGAAAGCCGGAACGGGUUCUCAAGCACAUGAAACAGAUGCAGAGAAGGCUCAAACUCAGCACUUGCAUUCCUCAAAUGGUGAAAAGAACGAAUCCGAUAACAUCCUCGUAGAUGUUUUCAGAUGGUCUCGCUGUAAGAAGCCCCUUCCCCAGAAAGCGAUGCGUUCGAUCGGAAUUCCCCUGCCACUCGAGCAUGUGGAGGUAUUGGUGGAGAAUAUUGAGUGGGAAGAUGUGCAGUGGUCGCAAACAGGUGUUUGGGUAGCUGGAAAAGAGUACCCACUUGCCCGUGUUCAUUUUCUAUCUUCAAAUUAGAUGUCAAAUUGGGUAUGUUCCCAUGCACAAUUUGUCAUGUUUAUUACUGUAUGAAUGAUGAAACCCAGUGAUUUGAAAUAAUAUGUUUGACCUUCAAAA